GUAAAAACACAUUGAACUUCAGGGCUCUAUGAGGCAGUUGAUCAAGAUCAGUGCUUGCUCAUUUUCUCUCCUCAGACUGUCUGUCUUGGGUUUUUGUUUUAUCGUUUUGAGCAGCUCUUUCUAUUUUUUUUUUUUUUCCCUCCCUCUUUUAGCUUUAAUAUCGGAGCGGGUUUCGGUCACCAUGGCUCUGGGAAGAGCUGCUUGUCUGCACCGUGUUGAUUUUUUACAUUUUGGCCGGCUUUGCUCCUGGGUAGCUUCAGCAAUGCUCUUGACUGGGAUUUAAUCGACAAGAUCAGUUCGACUUUUCGUGCAAUUUUUUUUAUGGCUCAGUCCAUUUUCUAGAUCAUGCACAGAAACUUUCGGAAGUGGAUUUUCUACGUUUUUCUAUGCUUUGGAGUCAUCUAUGUCAAAUUAGGAGCUUUGUCAUCUGUGGUGGCUUUAGGAGCUAAUAUCAUCUGCAACAAAAUCCCAGGCCUGGCCCCUCGGCAGCGAGCCAUCUGCCAGAGCCGCCCUGAUGCCAUCAUUGUGAUCGGGGAAGGGGCACAAAUGGGAAUCAAUGAGUGCCAGUACCAGUUUCGGUACGGGAGGUGGAACUGCUCUGCGUUGGGAGAGAAAACAGUCUUUGGACAAGAGCUUCGAGUAGGAAGCAGGGAGGCUGCGUUCACCUAUGCCAUUACUGCUGCCGGGGUUGCGCACGCUGUCACGGCCGCCUGCAGCCAGGGCAACCUCAGCAAUUGUGGCUGUGACCGAGAGAAACAGGGCUACUACAACCAGGAGGAGGGCUGGAAGUGGGGAGGCUGCUCUGCGGAUAUCAGAUACGGCAUUGAGUUCUCCCGGAGGUUUGUUGAUGCCCGAGAAAUCAAAAAGAAUGCACGGAGGCUGAUGAACUUGCACAACAAUGAGGCUGGAAGAAAGGUUCUCGAAGAGAGAAUGAAAUUGGAGUGCAAGUGUCAUGGAGUUUCAGGUUCCUGCACAACUAAGACCUGCUGGACCACGCUUCCUAAAUUCAGAGAGAUUGGAUAUAUUUUGAAAGAGAAAUACAAUGCUGCAGUGCAAGUGGAGGUGGUACGAGCCAGUAGACUAAGACAGCCAACCUUCCUGAAGAUCAAGCAGAUUAAGAGUUACCAGAAACCCAUGGAAACGGAUUUAGUGUACAUCGAAAAGUCACCCAACUACUGUGAGGAAGAUGCUUCCACGGGGAGCGUCGGUACCCAGGGACGCCUCUGCAACCGCACCUCUCCCAACGCGGACGGGUGCGACAUGAUGUGCUGUGGAAGAGGGUACAACACACACCAGUACACCAAGGUGUGGCAAUGUAACUGCAAAUUCCACUGGUGCUGCUUUGUGAAGUGCAACACGUGUAGCGAGAGGACAGAGGUGUUCACCUGCAAAUAACGGCAUCACGUGCAAAUGAACAGAAACAAAUCACCGCGAGUGAAGAAGAGUGGAGUACAACAAACGACGACAGCAUCAUUUUGCACAUCUAAUCUUCUUUGGAGAAAAAUAAUCCCAACCAACACCACCGCAACCACUCCCUCCCCGCUACUUACACUUCUAAGGAUGGUGCAUUUUGGCUGGCUGGCUGUUGUAACUGCUUUGGAAACAAGGGCAACAGGAUUAAGAUUAAGGUGAUAAGGUGAUGUUGACAACCACAUGAAACUUUCUCUCUCUCUCUUUUUUGUUUUGUUUUGUUUUUUUUUCCCCUCAACUACAAUCUGGGUGUUGCAGAGUUCUCCUAGUAAGUGUUUUAAGUUAUACAUAUCAGAGAAGCUGAUUGCAUUGCAGCUCCCAUGAAAUUUAAAAGAAAAAGACACUUUCUCAUUUUACAACAACAAAACCACCGAGCCCUGUUCAAAUAAAGCCUUUUUUUUUUUUUUUUUUUUUAAGGAAGUUAAAUCUCCACUGACUAGAACACAGCAGUCUUGCUGCAAAAACCUAAAUUUCUAAGCAAGCAGGUAGAGAGAAAACAACUGGUAGGGAGACAAAAAUCUGUGGCGGAAAUACUCCACUACCAGUUUGGAAAAAAAUAAAGUUCACGAAAGUACAUCAGCUGCCAGUGACACUGGAACUCUUUGAAUGAACAUUAAAAAUAAUUAUUUAUGUUUUUAAUAGUAUCAAAAAAUUCUAAGCACUAACGGGUAGCUAUGUCUUAAUUCUGUACUAAAUGUAAACUUAUUGGAACUCUGACUUUAUGAUUUUUUUGUAUUUGGUUCUCCCUAAUUCUUCAAUGCUACUGAUCUGUUGUCACUCCACUAUUAGAGAGUUCAAUUACUGUAGGCCUUAAGCAAUUACCAGAACUGAACAAAAAAGAUCACACGAAACUGUGGUUACAAAUGCUUGAUAAAGACUUUUCCCGCUUGCCUCCUGAAUGACUCUUUUUAGACUCAGGCUUAAGGUGGGGUGCACCUGCCCUCAGCUCCUUGUAGGGAGUUUUAGGAUAAAAAGACGUGCUUCAACAAAUGUCAAAGGUUUUGCUUUGCCAUCAAAUGCACUGGCAGGAUCUUCCAAGCGUUGCAUUUUGCCUUUAAUGGUUGAAAGUUGCUAUUACCAAUAGUUUUAAAUAACUUAUGCUCGGUAUGAACUGAGAAGUUAAUAAAAACGUGUUAGCUGAGCUCUAGGCUGCUGCAUCCUGUGAGCUGGGGUGUCUUCACAAGCACAGGAAAGAGAAAAUUUGGGUUAGUCUGUGUCGUCAUUAUUCUAAGGUUGACAAUGAUAUACCCCCCUGGGAAAUACAUGAAUGUUAAGAAAGGAACUGACUUUUUACACCAGCGCUCAAUUCUAAUUCACACACCUUUUCCCUAUGAGAGAUUUAAAAAAUCCUCAGAUAUUUUACUACUGUAAAAUCUAGUGAUUUUAACCCUAAGAGCUAGAUAGGUCCACUUUUAACAUAGCACAUUUAAUCACAUAAAUGUUUGCUCGCAGCAGCAGCAAGGGUCCCUACCUGAAUUUCUGAAAACUUGGAUUAAAAAUUUCCUAAGCUCUGCAUAUCCGCAUUUCUAGCUUUUUUUUUUUUCAUUUUAUUAUUUCUACUGAGGGGAUGCACAGCCAUGAGGGCUCCCCACCAGAGAUGGGAGCACUUCCCACACCACACAGCACUCUUGGGCCGAGGGGCUGGUGGAGGUACUGCUCCACCAGCUCCCACGCUGGUUAUGUAAAUGAGCCAAGAUCACCUCUGUAAUUCAUGGACCUGUAUUAUCAAAAGUAGCUCAU